CAUUGCUCCAUGAUCACAUUAUCUUACAUUCAGUGUCACUUUCAUACGAAUUCAAGCAAGAAUCAUAAUUCCAAACAGAAUCCUGUUUUGCAUCCUAUGGAGGAGAAACGAUUUGCUUGCAUUUUCAAUAAAAAAACCCUUUUGCUCACACUUUUGGAAAUUGUGUUGAUUUUGAUUAAUUUUCCAGCAUUUUUUAAAAGACUGAUCAUUCAUAUUGGUCAUGUGAAUACAUUUCAUUAUACGCUAUGAUACAGUAGCACAAUCAACCCGUUAAACGUAAUACUAAUGAUUUAAAUCAGCAACAUUUAUCAUAGACUUAAACCUCGUCAAAUGGUUCAAAAACUUGAAAGUGGCGCGUAGUUUAUGACAUUGAAUCAUUUUGGUCACUCGUUGCGAUGACGUUUGGGAUUAUUUGUUUACAUUUGAUUUUGUUUUUUUUUUUCGUAUUGAUUGUGGGAAAGUAGCAAUCUUCUUUUAAAAAAAAGUAUUAAUUCAUUUUAUUUUGGAUAUUUAAAUUUUUGAUAAGAAAAAGCGACUAGUUUCACAAUGCACACAAGUAAAUCAUCGACAAAUUACCUCCUGAAUGCCGCAUACAAUGAUGAAACGUGUCAAGAUCCACUUCGAAUUGCAUUUCGAUUGGCAAAAAGUGGAAAGCAUGUGUUGUAUAUUGCUGCCAAGCCACCCGAAUCGCUGCCCAUUGAAGAUGAAUACGAUGAUGAAUUGUACCGAGACAUUCUGAAGAAUAUCGUUUUUAGUUACUCAUCGAAUGCGCACGAUCUGAUCAACUAUUUUAUGGGUAUACAGCAGAUGCAACCGAGGCCUGAAGUAUUGGUUGUCGACUUUUUGCAUACAUUUUUCGACAAUGUAUCGUCUCUGGACACAGAUCACCAACUACAACGGUAUUUCAUCGAGUGUCACAUGUUGAUAACUGCCGGUGCUAUCAGUGCUGUUGAUAUGUUAUCUAAUGAUAGUGUCACCCAAUUCAUCAGCAUCAUUUCCAUCGAUCCUGACUACCAUCGCAUUUACAAACGAUUCAUACAAACAUACAUCGAUUCGUAUUACUACAAAGAAGGCUGUAUUUCAACAUCUAGUGAUUUAUUAAAUCGUUUCUGUUAGAACAAAACAGCAACAAUUGGUUCGAUUAGGAAAAUAAAUAGAUCUUCAUUUAUUUAAUAAAAUACUCUUUACAUACACACAUAAAAUUUCUUUCAAAUAUCAGUAAAAACGGAUAAUAAUCAAUUCACGAAAAUAGUCUCCUCUUUCAGAAUAUUUUUCUAUUCUGUUCGAGUUAAUUACGUACUAAUGUUUACAAUUAAUGGAAAUGGCUCAUUGUCUGCUUCACUUUUGUUUUUGUUUUUAAAAUAUAUACUCUCUUUGUUUCUUUUUCUGUUUAGUAUUGGCUUCCCCAACAUGCAUGAAACCCUAAUUGUACAAUGCGAUAUAAAUAAAAAAAUAACAAUAUC